AUGGCGCUGCAUUACGCCUACCCCGUCGGUCUUUCCCGGCCGGGGGAAAGCGCCAUUUGGCGCUCGCCCAAGUACGAAGAGGCGACCGCGCCGGAGCCGUUGGAGCCGUCAGGCGCAUACGUGACGACGCUGGAUUUGACGCCGUCGGGCGGCGCGGACUUCCCCGCUGGGGCGAGUCCGCCGCGCGCGGGUUGGUGGGAGUCCGUCUACGGCGUCUUCCGCGUGGGCAAGAGCGUCGCGGGAGGUCAGGCGCGCUGCAUGGGCGUGCGACCCUCGCCGGAGGACAAGGCGUUCGUCUACUGGACUUUCGAGGAAGCCGACGAGAAGGCGCGUCUCUUCGGCUCGGGGCUCAGCCAGCUGCUCAAAGAGGGCGUGAUCUCCGUGGAGACCUUUCCGGACGAAGCGCGGAACGGCGGCAAGUUCGCAAACGUCGGCAUUCUGCUCCACAGCCGCAGAGAGUGGAUCAUCGCAGACCUCGGCACCGGCGCCUACCCGCCACUCACCUCCGUCACCCUCCACUACACCUUCCCUCCCGACCAUAUGAAGGCGAUCCUCGGCGAAGCGCGCGUCUCGACGCUAGUUACCGACGUCGGUCAGCUGAAGGUGCUCAGCGGUCUGCAGCCGGAGCUCCCUGUGCUGAAGGGUUUGAUUCUUGUGGAUUUGGCGGAGGAGCUCGCGCGUCUCGAGAGGGAAAAGAACACGGAGGAAAACGCGGCGUUUCUCAAGUUGGUGGAAGACCUGCGCGGCAAGGGCCUGCAAGUUUUCGACUUUGAAGACAUCAUCGAAAAAGGCAGAAAGGCGUACCUCCCGCCCAUCCUCCAGCAAGACCCCGAGCGCAUCUUCACCAUCGUCUACACCUCCGGCACGACGGGGAAUCCCAAGGGUGUGAUGAUGUCAAAUCGCAACUUUGUGCGGGAGAUCCAGGGGUGUCUGUUGAUCAACGACUACACGUUGCAGCUGGACGACGACUUUCUGCACUUUGCGUUGCUUCCUCUGUCGCACGUGUUUGAGCGGAUGGUGGAGUACGUAGCAUACGGCUUCGGCGCCUCAGUGGCGUAUUUCUCCCGCAAGAAGGAGUUGCUCGCCGACGACUGGCGGUACGCGAAUCCCUCGUGUCUGAUCAUGGUGCCGCGCGUCGCGGCCGUUCUUCUCGACAGCAUCGAGUCGCAGAUGCAGCAGCUGCCCUUCUACAAGCGCGCGGUGCUGAACUUCGCGAUCAACCGCAAGCUCCAGGCGCGGCGAGCCUUCCUCGCGUCGGCGCAGGGGGGCGUCGCGGCCGCAGGCAGCAGUUCGGUUUCGGCCAGCAAGUUCUCUUCGACGAGUCUCGCCUGCAAGUCGGUUGACGGCGCGCUCUCUGCGUGCGGAGGCGCCUUGCCGGCAUCUCCACCGCUGCGCAACUUCUGGUACGAUCGCCUGCUGGGGGCCUCGACGACUUUGCAGACGCGGCUGUUUGGGCAGGCGGGUCGGAUUCGCUUUCUGCUCUCGGGGGGCGGCAAGCUGAAUCCCGACGUUCAGGAGAAGCUUGAGGCGUACCUCGCGACGAGCUUCAUUCAGGGCUGGGGCAUGACGGAGACUUCAGGCGCAGGCUGCUGGCAGGCGCGCACAGGCGACGGCCUUCUAGACAACGCAGGUGGCCCCAACUCGGUGAUGGAGAUGAAGCUGCGGUCGUGGGAGCAGUACGACGCGACGCGGUCUGAGCGCCCCCAGGGCGAGUUGCUGGUGCGCGGCGAGAACGUGUUUGAGGGCUACUUCCGGCAGAAGGACAUGACGGCGGAGGCGUUCGUCUGGGACGAUGCGGCCAGCGGCGGCUCCGGCGGCGGGGCGGGCGCAGCGUGGCGCGAGCGCUGGCUCGCGACCGGCGACAUCGUCGAGAUCCAGCCUAACGGCAGCAUGAAGAUAAUCGACCGAAAGAAGAGUCUGAUCAAGCUCGCGCAGGGCGAGUACCUGCAGACCGAGAAACUCGAAAGCAUCUACGGCCGCAGCAAGUACGUCGACAACAUUUUCGUGCAUGGCUACGACUUCCAGUCCUACCCCGUGGCCGUCGUCGUGCCAAACCGGAGCGCUGUGAUGGCCUGGGCGGCCAAACGGCGCGGCGACGAGGGCGCGGAGCCCCAACCCGCCGCCGCCGCGGCGCCCGUCUCGGACGAGGCCCUCGCGCCGGUCCUGCGCGACCCCGCGCUGCGCAAGGAGAUCCUCGACGACCUGGCUCGCCUCGCGGCGGACGCGAAUCUCCUCGGAUUCGAAAAAGUGAAAAACGUGUACCUGACAGUCGACGUCUGGACGCCUGACAACAGCAUGCUCACCCCCACCUUCAAAAUCAAACGCGCCGUGAUGACCCGGAAAUACAGGGACAACAUGAACAAGCUGUACGAAGAACUCAGGGAGGGUGCGUAA